CAACGCAGCAGUAUACAUCAACUCUUGUAUCGCCGUGUUCACUUCAAGAAUAGGUAACCGUUUGCCUACUUACCUACCUACCUAAUGUUUUGAUAUUAUAAUUUUUCUUUGACACAUUACAAAGUUAACCACCUAAGAGGUGAACAUCUAGAGUCCUAUACGGCUGUACACUCAUCCGGACGCUAUGCAGAAUUCAAUAGCGGUGACGGUUGCGGCACUCGCAGUCUUGCUGCAGCACGGGGUCACCGGCCUCGACAACGGGUUGGCUUUGACACCACCGAUGGGAUGGCUCGCAUGGCAGAGAUAUAGAUGCAUCACGGACUGCGAAACGUAUCCAGACGAAUGUGUCAGCGAAAAAUUGUUCAUGAAAGCGGCUGAUUUGUUGGUCAGCGAAGGCUACGCUGACGUGGGUUACAAAUAUGUAAUUGUGGACGAUUGCUGGUUGGCCAAGAACAGAUCGGCCGAUGGGAAAUUGGAAGCCGACAAGAAGAGGUUCCCGAGUGGUAUCAAAGCACUGGCUGACUACGUACACUCUAAAGGAUUGAAAUUCGGUUUGUAUCAAGACUGGGGUGAGAAAACUUGCGCCGGUUAUCCGGGUGUACGGGGCAACGAAGAAAUAGAUGCCAAACAGUUCGCAGAAUGGGAAGUUGAUUACGUAAAAUUAGACGGAUGUUAUUCGGACGUCAGGGACAUGGACAAGGGUUACGUCGAAUUCGGGCAACUCCUAAACAAAACGGGGAGGCCUAUGGUGUACUCAUGUAGCUGGCCGGCGUACCAAGAAAGCAAGGGGAUGCGGAUUAAUUACGCUUUGAUGGCUAAACACUGUAACCUGUGGCGUAAUUACGGGGACAUUGAUGAUUCGUGGAGWAGUGUAACAGACAUUAGCGAUUACUUCGCRUUAAAACAAGAGUUCUGGGCACAGUACGCGGGACCCGGACACUGGAACGAUCCAGACAUGCUCGUGAUCGGUAACUUCGGUCUAUCGUUCGAUCAAAGCAAAUCUCAAAUGGCUAUUUGGACCGUGUUGGCCGCUCCCCUAUUCAUGUCCAACAAUUUAGCCGGCGUAACCUCGGAGUUGAAAGAAAUAUUACAGAACAAAGAAAUCAUAAAAAUAAAUCAAGACGUUUUAGGAAUACAAGGCACUCGAGUAUUUAGGGAUAAGAGUAUUGACAUUUGGACUCGACCAGUCGAACCGGUUCAUCAUGGAAAUUAUUCUUAUGCGGUGGCGUUUGUAAGUCGUCGAGAGGAUGGCGCUCCCUAUGCGUACAAAAUAACUUUGGAAGACUUAGGACUGAAGCAUUAUUUGGGUUACACUAUUAAGAAUUUGUUUCAUAAACCGACCUCAAACGUAACCAUACAUUUCGCCUUGCCAAAGACUACAGUUCACAUACGAGUUAUUCCGUCAGGUGUUGUGUUUCUGCGAUUCGAUGUUAUAGCGACCGAGAUGUUGCUGGAAGAUAAUAUUCAUAACGGCGCAUCACUCAACAAAACCAUAACAUUUAAAUAAAUCCAGUUUUAUAAAAAUAUGAUACAGGUUUAUAGUAUGAUUUUUAAAUAUAUAUAUAUAACGUAUCUACAAACACGAAAAUGUAAUAAUGCUGUGUAUAAACGAUACAAUUUAUAUAUACACGUAAGUAAAAUAAAUAUAAAAACACUUUUAAUGGUAUA